AUGGUGUACACCACAAGAACAGUUAAUUGUGAAGCAGCAGCUCACCAGACUAUCAGCAGCAGUCAAACAAACCCUUGCUCACCUCCACCAGCUAAGAUAGCAAAGACAGACGAGUCAGAGGACUUCUUUGGUUUCAUGACAACAACUGGUGAGCCUUCCUCCAGUAAAUCAACUGACAGCAGCACUGAGGUCAACAGAUAUCUAUCCCAACCCUGUCUUGCCAUGGAAAGCGACCCACUUCAAUUUUGGAAGAGCAAACAGCAAAACUCCCUAAUCCUCUCUGCUAUGGUCUGCAAGUUCCUUACCAUUCCGGCAUCUUCUGCGCCUGUUGAACAACUCUUCAGCAUUGGUGGAACGAUCUUUAGACCAGAGCGUUGCCGCCUUGCUGAUCAAACUUUUGAACGACUUAUGAACAUUAAGUGCAACUCGAACGUUUAUCCUCAGUAA